CGUAGUGCAUGCCGUAGCCGUAGCGUAGUAGCCAUUCCCGUACAUUCAUCCGUUCAUCACAAGAUUCAUCGAUCCUUCCCGAUGUAAAGGGUCAAUAAUUGUAAUAAUGGGCAUCUGUGAUGACAGCUCACGGGUGGGUCCAGGAUUCGUAGGCAUCAAGUUCUGUCAAGAAUGUAACAACAUGUUGUACCCCAAAGAAGAUAAAGAAAACAGAGUUCUUCUGUACGCCUGCAGAAAUUGUGACUAUCAGCAAGUAGCGGACAACAACUGUAUCUACGUGAACAAGAUCACGCACGAAGUGGACGAAUUGACACAGAUCGUGUCCGACGUAGUACACGAUCCUACUUUGCCCCGAACUGACGAACACACCUGCCCGAAGUGUGGCAAUCGUGAGGCUGUUUUCUUUCAAGCACAAUCGAGAAGAGCUGAGGAUGAAAUGAGGUUGUACUACGUCUGCACGAAUGCUACGUGCACUCACAGGUGGACUGAAUAAACGGCCCUUAUUGGACAGAAAAA